GUUGCUCAGCCGGGAAUGCUGAUUCCUUGUCAGGAUGACUGGUGGUGUAUCGGUUACUUCAUGUGGCGACGAAGAUGGGCCGGCGGCCCGCGUAGCGUAGGAACGAAGUGUUGCAGGCAGCCAGGUGGUGCGAACGGCUGGAGUGACGGACGAAGUACUUCACCUGCUCCCAGAGUACGCCAGCAUUCCAGCAAAUAUCGGCGUUCUGCGACGGACUGUCAAGAAACGCCCCAAGGCCGCCAUUGUACACCCGAGGAAGGGCUACUCCCAGCAUGGCUGCGACGCGAGGCCUUCAGCUGGCGCGUUCGCUGUGGACGACGCCCCAGCGUCUGGCCUUGGAGAGCUUCCCGCAGUGCCACGCCACGGCGAUUACGACCAGGAGAACGUGUAUGGGUUGGCGUCGACACGGAGUCACCCGUUACUGUAGCCAGCCGAGGAACGGAGCCGUGCGCCUCUCUUACACUCUCCACGCAUCGGACGACGCCGCAACUGCGUCCACACUGCCGCCGAUUGUAGCGCUGCACGCACUGUUUGGCUGCAAGGAGAACAUGACCGCGGUUUCAAAAGCGCUGGCCGCGGCGACGGGUCGUAACGUGUUGGCUGUGGAUCUGCGCAACCACGGCGACAGCCCCCACACGGACGACAUGGACUACGCGCUGAUGAGCGCCGACCUGGAGCUGUUCCUGCACGAUCGGGGCCUGCGCAGGGUGGCCCUCGUGGCACACAGCAUGGGCGGACGGGCGGCCAUGAAGCUCGCCGUCACCAAGCCCUCUGCGGUGGAGCGCCUGGUCGCGGUGGACGUCGCGCCGACCGCCCUACCGCAGGACUUGAUCAGUGUGUGGCUGCCGUGGCAAGUAAACGCGAUGGAACACAUUUUGUCGUUGCUGUCGCCGGACAUGAGCCUCGAUCAGGCUCUUCAGCUGGCCGAUGAACACCUCAGCAGAGAAGUGACCAAACCCUACGUCCGCAGCUACAUGCUAGCGAACCUGCGCAAGGGACCUCGUACGUUCGAGUGGCAGGCCAACCUCAAGGUCAUCAGACAGAAACUCGAGAUACUGUGCGAUGCUCACUACCUCAACAACAAAAUCUCCCACGUCGAAGCACUGUUCAUCUCAGCCGACAGAUCUGUCUACAUCACGAACGAGAGCAUCAAAGCCAUCAAGCAGACGUUUCCCGAAUCACGCGUCGUUACCAUAAAAGGGGCCAACCACUGGGUCUACAACGACAAGAGAGAAGAGUUUGUCGACUUGGUCAGGGACUUCAUGGCAGCGCGUCGCCCGGAAUCACAGCUCAAAACUCCGUCCGCCGCUUGAAUGAGGAAGGACAAGGAGGACAGGGCGAGGCGCGAUGGCGAAUUCGGCAGUGCUGCGCGCCGGACUAUGGAAUCAGUGCGCCGACAAAGUCGGGGCCGUCGACACCCAUUUCCACCCAUUCCUGCGCGCGUUUCGUGUAGUCUCAGCCACUCUUCGACAAUUUUGCUUCAGGAUAGAAGUGCAUCGUCGAAUGUUGAUGUAACGGCGACGUAAGAGGGAGAGGGAUCUGCGGUCGGUGCUGAGCGCCUAACAAGAAUGAGUGCGUCGACAAAGUGGGGCUGGUUACGCCCCCCCCUUUUUUUUACCCGUUCCUGUACGAUUUUCGUCUUAUAUUAAUCACACUUCGGCACUUUUCCUUCGCGAUAAAGUAUCAUUGAAGAUUUGAUGUAGUGUUGAAGAAAUGUGGAGAGGGGUCUGUGAUCGUAAACUACUGCCACCACCUCUUAAGUUGCUAUGUGGGGUUAUGUCUAUUGGGAACACACGCAUGAUAUAGGCGUAUACAUAUGUACAGUAAUCCAACUCCUUCACCACCUUCCCACCCCUAUCUCACACGCCAAUAAAAUUACUGGCUGCGAUUAGGUUGUUGAACAUGAGGACAGAGCCCGCUGACAAGUGCAUCGUCGGAAAAAAAGAAAGAUAGAAUGGAACAAUCACGUGUGACUUGUCGACUAUUUGGGCUCUUCCACGCAAUAUUGUUUCGUUUCAACGCACUCACGUUGAUGAGAGGAGAAACAA